AUGCCACUGCUCGCUGUCGGGACGUUCAACACCAACGAGCUCUUCACCGUUCUUUUCGAUCCCGAGAAAGAAACUCUCGAACUGCUCGAAAUCUCACAAGCGAAAGGUAAUCAUUCCUGGCUGUCGACUGCAACCAUUCCCAAGUCUUCCUCGAGCGCGACAUCUCCCACUCACCUUUAUGCAACGUGCUGGACGCAGCCGCCGAGUGUAGCUGCCUAUCGCAUUCAGCGAGAUGGGCCCAAUAAGGCUCGCUUCGAGCUGCUCAACAGUGCCGAGACUGCCGCACGAUCAGGCUAUGUCUACGUCGGCUUUCCUGCCAAGGCUGCCCAUCCUGUGCUUUAUAGCUGCGGUGGACCCACUGGCGAAGUCUUUGGGAUCGACACGGAUACAGGUGCUUUCGAUCUGACUGGAACAAUACACGAGGCAGCCAUUCCGUCAGGGGCUUCAACAGAAGGAGUCACAGGUGUGGGUUCUGCUGCUCGCAUUCAGGAAAUCGACUUUGUCACAGGCGAAUGUUCGGUACCUGGCAAGACGCUCGCUCAGACCCGGGAGCUGAAACGCAGGGAAGCUCAGAAGAGCGCAGGCGACGACAGCAGUACCGACUCGGCAACUACCAAACUCGAUGCCUCUGGUGGAAAGAAUGCGAUGGACUUUGGUGGUCUUCGUCACGGCUCUCACGGAAUUGAUCUGUCUCCAGAUGGCAGUGUCUGCUACAUCCCUGAUAUUGGCCGAAAUUGUGUCUGGGCCAUGAAUGUCGAUCCCACCAGCGGUGCACUCAGUGUGGGCGAGCAGAGCAUCGCUCCACGAAAGAACGACGGUCCACGUCACACCGUCUCGCAUCCAGGUGGGCGCUAUAUCUACAGUCUGCAGGAGCACAGCUCCAUGGUCGACGUUUUCGAGCUGAUCAAAGACGCAAAGGGAACACGCCUAGAAUGGAAGCAAGGCGUUAAGAUCAUUCCACAAAGCGAGGACGAGGGUCUCUACUGGGCAGACGAGGUUCGUCUGUCUUGCCCGUCUAGUCAGCCUGAAGGCGAGUAUCCGUUGUACAUGUUUGCCUCGACCCGUGGUCUUGCGUCGGGUACCAAGGGGUGGGUUGCUGUCUUCCAGCUGGACGAAGACGGCUUGGUGGUGCCUCAAGGUAGAGCUGAAAAGGACGAGCUCGGCGAUGCGCUGUGUCUGUGGCAAACACCCACAUCGGGUGGGUGGGCCAAUGCGAUCGAGCCAGCACCCACAUUUUUGCAAGGGUCUCGUGGCAGUGCCCAGUACGCCGUGCUAACAGAUAGCGAGGUAGGCGUCGUUCGCAUGUUGCGUCUCGCCGUAUCGGCUGCAUCGCAACCCAGCAACGUCCUCAUCAAGGAGGUGGCGACGCUCAAUCUCGGUAAUGACGCCCAAGGGAAGCUCAGGGAGGCUGCUACAGCUGUUUGGAUAUGA